AGAGAAAAAAAAUAGAAGAACACAAGAAAGUGGUGUAGAGACAUGAGAGGUGUACCAAACUACCACCAUUCUUACUCCUUCUUCUUCUCCGUUUUCUCCGUCUUAUUUCUGUUCCCUGCGUUCUCUUUCUCUGCCAACACUUUGUCGGCUACAGAAUCUCUGACCAUCUCAAGCAACGAAACCAUUAUAUCUCCUGGUAAUAUCUUCGAGCUUGGUUUCUUCAAACCCUCUUCAAAUUCUCGUUGGUAUCUCGGGAUUUGGUACAAGGCAAUCUCUAAGAGAACCUACGUUUGGGUUGCGAACAGAGACAACCCUCUUUCUAAUUCCAUCGGAACUCUCAAAAUCUCCGACAACAACCUCGUCGUUUUGGAUCAGUUCGAUACACCAGUUUGGUUGACGAAUCUGACCGGAGGUGAUGUGAGAUCUCCGGUGUUUGUAGAGCUUCUCGAUAACGGUAAUUUCGUGCUCAGAGACUCCAGCAACAGAGUUUUGUGGCAGAGUUUUGAUUUUCCGACGGAUACUUUACUUCCGGAGAUGAAACUAGGUUGGGAUCUCAAAACCGGAUACAACAGAUUCUUGAGAUCCUGGAAAAAUCCAGAUGAUCCUUCAAGCGGAGAUUUCUCGUUCAAACUCGAAACCAGAGGUUUCCCUGAGGUUUUCCUAUGGAACAGAGAGUCACGAGUGUACCGGAGCGGUCCAUGGAAUGGAAUCCGGUUUAGUGGUGUACCGGAAAUGCAAACGUUUGAUUACAUGGUUUUCAAUUUCACGGCGAGUCAUGAAGAAGUGACGUACUCAUUCCGAGUCACCAAAGACAACAUCUACUCAAGAUUAAGCCUAAGUUCCACGGGAUCAUUACAAAGAUUCACUUGGAUUGAGACAGCACAGAACUGGAACCAGUUCUGGUAUGCACCAAAAGACCAGUGCGAUGACUACAAAGAGUGUGGGACUUACAGUUACUGCGACUCGAACACGUCACCGGUUUGCAAUUGUAUAAAAGGGUUUGAACCGAGGAAUCCGCAGGUUUGGGGUUUAAGAGAUGGAUCGGAUGGUUGCGUGAGGAAGACGCAACUUAGCUGCGACGGUGGAUAUGGGUUUUUGCGGUUGAAGAAGAUGAAGUUGCCGGAUACUGCGGCGACGAGUGUGGACAGAGGAAUUGGUGUGAAAGAAUGUGAAGAGAAGUGCAAGAAGGAUUGUAACUGUACGGCGUUUGCGAAUACGGAUAUCCGAGAUGGCGGGUCGGGUUGUGUGAUUUGGACCGGAGAGAUUUUUGAUAUCCGGAAUUAUGCCAAGGGAGGUCAGGAUCUCUACGUUAGAUUGGCGGCUACUGAUCUCGAGGACAAGAAAAACAGAAAUGCAAAAAUCAUAGGUUCGAGUAUUGGAGUGAGCAUGUUGCUUCUUUUUAGCUACAUCAUCUUCUGCUUUUGGAAAAGGAAGCAGAAGCGAUCAAUAGCAAUUGAAACACCGUUUGAUGAUCAAGUGAGAAGCCGAGAUUUACUGAUGAACGAAGUGGUAAUAUCAAGUAGGAGACAUAUAUCCAGAGAAAACAAAACAGAGGAUCUUGAAUUGCCACUGAUGGAGUUUGACGCUGUUGCCAUGGCCACAAACAAUUUUUCUAACGCCAACAAGCUCGGUCAAGGUGGUUUCGGUAUAGUUUACAAGGGAAGGUUACUUGACGGGCAAGAAAUUGCGGUAAAAAGACUAUCAAAAAUGUCAGUUCAAGGGACUGAUGAGUUCAAGAACGAGGUGAAACUAAUUGCAAGGCUUCAGCACAUAAACCUUGUCCGUCUUCUUGGCUGUUGCGUUGAUGGUGAUGAGAAGAUGUUGAUCUAUGAGUACUUGGAGAAUCUAAGCCUUGAUUCUCAUCUCUUUGAUAAAACCCGACGUUCUAACUUAAAUUGGCAAAAGAAAUUUGAUAUUAUCAAUGGUAUUGCUCGAGGACUUCUAUAUCUUCAUCAAGAUUCACGGUUUAGGAUCAUCCAUAGAGACUUAAAAGCAAGCAACGUCUUGCUUGAUAAAGAUAUGACUCCAAAGAUCUCGGAUUUCGGGAUGGCUCGGAUCUUUGGACGGGAUGAGACAGAAGCUAUUACGAGGAAGGUUGUCGGAACUUACGGCUACAUGUCUCCAGAAUAUGCAAUGGAUGGUAUAUUCUCGGUGAAGUCGGAUGUUUUCAGUUUUGGGGUCUUGCUUCUUGAAAUUAUAAGCGGCAAGAGAAACAAAGGAUUCUACAACGCGAACCGUGACCUUAAUCUUCUUGGUUGUGUGUGGAGGAACUGGAAAGAAGGAAAAGGAGUAGAGAUUGUAGAUCCAAUAACCGUAGACUCAUCAUCAACAUUUCGGCCACAUGAAAUCCUAAGAUGCAUACAAAUUGGUCUCUUGUGUGUUCAAGAACGUGCAGAGGACAGACCAAUGAUGUCAUCGGUGGUUUUAAUGCUCGGAAGCGAAACAACGGCUAUUCCUUAUCCUAAACCGCCGGGUUAUUGCGUUGGUAGAAGUCCUUUUGAAACUGAUUCAUCGUCGAGUAAACAGCGUGACAAUGAAUCUUGGACAGUGAACCAAAUCACUGUUUCUGUCAUUGACCCUCGGUAGUUUGAAUGCGUACUGUUAUAUUCUGUUAGUCUUAUAAUCAAAGUUUUACUACAUGAUUUUGGUUUUUCUUGUAUUUUGUACUCUAUAAAUGUUUUCUUGGGCAACCCGUGGUGGCAAAUAUGUUAUUAUGUAUAGGGUUUGACAUAAUAUGCAAUAAAGUUUGUUGUUUAGUAGGAUUUGAGUCGUAC